CCUCAAGCGGCUUAAAACAAAGUAAAGUACAUUACAAACUCUCUACGCAUUCCCGUACGCACACAUAUAAUAUGGAUUCGAGGAAGUCGAACAAGAUUAUGGAGAUAGUAAGACUUCAACAAAUCCUCAAGAAGUGGAAGAAGCUUGCCAAUAACAACAAGACCAGCUCUGGGUCGGGGUCGGGCCCCGCCUCGGUUACUUUAGGCAUUGGUGGGAGUAAGAGCAUGAAGUUUCUGAAGAAAACACUUUCCUUCACGGAAAGCUCGAUUUCUUCUUCUUCUUCUUCUUCUUCUUCUUCUUCUUCAUCGUCAACCACCGACCAAGUCCCGAAAGGAUAUCUUGCGGUCUGCGUGGGAAAGGAGCUCAAGAGAUUCGUAAUCCCAAUGGAGUAUCUUGGACACCAAGCCUUCGGGAUUUUGCUGAGAGAAGCCGAAGAAGAAUUCGGGUUUCAACAACAAGGAGUGCUAAAGAUUCCAUGUGAAGUCGAAUUGUUUGAGAAAAUGUUGAAGUUGAUGGAAGAAAACAGAGAUGUAUUUUUCUUGAAUGAUCAUAUAAUUGAUCAUGCUGAUUCCGUAAUGAGCUGUUAUUCACCAGAUUGUGACCUAACUUCACCAUCUCAUCGCCCUCAGAUGUGUAGAUGAUGAUUUUCUGGAUAUUAUUAGGUGUUCUGUCUUGUCAAGGCACAUGUAUUAUUAUUAUUAUUAAUGGAGAGGAGAUUUUUAAGGUCUUUUUGUGAAAGGGAAUGAAUUUGUAAUUCUC